AUGGCUCGGUUAAUUGCAUUUUUGAUUUUUUCUUCAAAUUUCGGACUGAUCACUUAUCGGGAUACGUUUUUACAUUUGCGAAGAAUAACUGUACUUUCAGCUGCUUUUAUACGACCAUGCUUUAUCUCAAUUGUCUAUGUAAUAUUUGCUCUAAUCAGUCCACUACUACCAUCCAUUCACGCAGCUCUUCCCCUUCCAGUUUUCUAUUUGUAUAAAUUCAGGUUCCAUAAUGGUGAUGGCUUUGAGUCGGCGAAAUCUAUCCUACCAGAGAUCGUUGCAGUUCUUGCAUCAGCUGCUACAGCAGUCAUGGUUUCGCUCUUCUCUCAUCGCACCCAAAACCUCGAAGUUGUUGGCCCAGUACGACCAGUACGAAUGCCAAAUGAGGGUAGUGGGCCAUCGUCGAUAGUAAUGGCGUUGAAGCGAUUCUCAAACUUUGCCAUAAUCUUCUUGUCGGCUCUUGUUGGUUGUGUACAGCCAUCGCUUCUCAAUUGCACUUAUUUUGCGGCAUUUCUCUUUGUAGCCAGCUGGUGGGCACUUUAUAAACCAUUACGACAUCAAGCUUACAACAGAAUCAAAAAGUUUCUUCUGUUCUUCGCUGCGCUUCAUAUUUUGAUGAUUUAUGUCUAUCAAAUACCAAUCGUCCAGAAAUCUCUGCCAGGCAAAUCUAUCAUAGCAAGGUUAGUUGUAUUCUACCAUGUUCUCAUGUUGCAAUUACUCUGGACCUAUGAUGGAAGUCGGAGCUACGUUGAUGACAACGAUGGUAGUUCUUCGGUACACGAGGAGGUUAGUUCGACCGUUUCACCUUCCAAAUACGUACCGUCUUUGUCCUUACUAACCUUUUCUCUGCUUACCACGAGUCUGCCCAGACCGCUCCCCCACGCAGUAAGCGUAUGGGCCCUGUUGUAUCAUUCGAUUUUCGGCCUAAUUCUGCUUGUAAUAUCGUGCAUUCUGUGGAUGUUCAAGGACUCUCGCAAGGCCUCAUUCGCGAUGGCGCCAACGCUGACCAUAUAUGUUGAGUUCCUCCUACUCACACAGUACGCGUGCAGUAUGAACGUAACAGCGAAAGAACUUCAAUUGCCCGAUUGGAUGAAGAUGAUUGGCUUCGUGAUUGCCGAGAACAUGUUGGCAGGAUUCGUGACACUUUCAGUGAAAGUAAGUAUUAUAGUAUUACAGUAG